UGCCUGCGCCGGAGCCCGCCGCCGCCGGAGCCCGCGCCCGCGCCCGCGCCCGGCCCGCGCGGCCCCAUGCCUCUGGCGCGGCCCUCGGGGGGGCGAAGGUGAAGACCGGCUCCUAGGAUGAGUGAAGGGGCGGCCGCUGCCUCGCCACCUGGUGCCGCUUCGGCAGCCGCCGCCUCGGCCGAGGAGGGCACCGCGGCGGCUGCGGCGGCGGCAGCGGCGGGCGGGGGCCCGGACGGCGGCGGAGAAGGGGCGGCCGAGCCCCCCCGGGAGUUACGCUGUAGCGACUGCAUCGUGUGGAACCGGCAGCAGACGUGGUUGUGCGUGGUGCCUCUGUUCAUCGGCUUCAUCGGCCUUGGGCUCAGCCUCAUGCUGCUUAAAUGGAUCGUGGUGGGCUCCGUCAAGGAGUACGUGCCCACGGACCUGGUGGACUCCAAGGGAAUGGGCCAGGACCCCUUCUUCCUCUCCAAGCCCAGCUCUUUCCCCAAGGCUAUGGAAACCACCACUACCACCACUUCCACCAUGUCCCCCGCCACCCCCUCUGCCGGCGGCGCCGCCUCCUCCAGGACGCCUAACCGGAUUAGCACCCGCUUGACCACCAUCACUCGGGCCCCCACUCGCUUCCCUGGGCACCGAGUGCCCAUUCGGGCUAGCCCGCGCUCUACCACGGCACGGAACACUGCGGCCUCCCCGACGGUCCUGUCCACUACUUCCCCUUUCUUCAGUAGCAGCACGCCAGGCUCCAGACCCCCGAUGCCAGGAGCCCCUAGUACGCAGGCGAUGCCUUCCUGGCCCACUGCGGCGUAUGCUACCUCCUCCUACCUCCACGAUUCCACUCCCUCCUGGACUCUGUCACCCUUUCAGGAUGCUGCGGCCGCCUCUUCCUCCUCACCCUCAUCCACCUCUUCUACUACCACCACCCCAGAAACUAGCACCAGCCCCAAAUUUCAUACUACGACAUACUCCACUGAACGAUCAGAGCACUUCAAACCCUGCCGAGACAAGGACCUAGCUUAUUGUCUCAAUGAUGGCGAGUGCUUUGUGAUUGAGACCCUGACAGGAUCCCACAAACACUGUCGGUGCAAGGAAGGCUACCAAGGAGUCCGUUGUGAUCAAUUUCUGCCGAAAACAGACUCCAUCUUAUCGGAUCCAACAGACCACUUGGGGAUUGAAUUCAUGGAGAGUGAAGACGUUUAUCAAAGGCAGGUGCUGUCAAUUUCAUGUAUCAUCUUUGGAAUUGUCAUCGUGGGCAUGUUCUGUGCAGCAUUCUACUUCAAAAGCAAGAAACAAGCUAAACAAAUCCAGGAGCAGCUGAAAGAGUCACAGAAUGGGAAAAACUACAGCCUCAAGGCAUCCAGCACAGUGACAAAGUCUGAGAGCUUGAUGAAGAGUCAUGUCCAGCUUCAAAGUUAUUCAAAGGCAGACAGGCAUCCUGUGACUGCACUGGAGAAAAUAAUGGAGUCAAGUUUUGCAAGUUCCCAGUCAUUCCCUGAGAUCCCUUCUCCUGACCGAGGAAGCCAGCCUGUCAAGCACCACAGCAGGAGUACUUCUUCUUGCUGCAGCCCAGGACAAAGGAGUGGAAUGCUGUAUAGGAAUACCUUCAGAAGAACACCACCCUCUCCCCGAAGUAGAUUGGGUGGGAGUGUAGGACCAGCAUAUCAGCAACUGGAAGAAUCAAGGAUCCCAGACCAGGAUACGAUACCUUGCCAAGGGAUAGAGGUCAGGAAGACUAUAUCCCACCUGCCUAUACAGCUGUGGUGUGUUGAAAGACCCCUGGACUUAAAGUAUGUGUCCGAUGGCUUAAGAACCCAACAAAAUGCAUCAAUAAAUAUGCAACUGCCUUCAAGAGAAACAAACCCCUAUUUUAAUAGCUUGGAUCAAAAGGACAUGGUGGGUUAUUCAUCCCCAAGGGCCAACUCCGUGCCCAUCAUCCCUUCAAUGGGUCUAGAAGAAACCUGCAUGCAAAUGCCAGGGAUUUCUGAAGUCAAAAGCAUUAAAUGGUGCAAAAACUCCUACUCCGCUGACAUUGUCAAUGCGAGUAUUCCAGUCAGCGAUCGUCUCCUAGAAGAACAACAGGAAGUGAAGAUAUUACUAGAGACUGUUCAGGAACAGAUCCGGAUUCUGACUGAUGCCAGACGGUCGGAAGAGUACGAACUGGCCAGCGUGGAAACAGAGGACAGUGCAAGCGAAAACACAGCCUUUCUUCCCCUGAGUCCCACGGCCAAAUCAGAACGAGAGGCACAAUUUGUCUUAAGAAAUGAAAUACAAAGAGACUCUGUGUUAACCAAGUGACUCGAGAUGUAGGAAUCUGUGCGUUCUCUGCUUUGCUCAACAGGAAAGAGAGGAAAUUAAAUACAAAUUAUUUAUAUGCAUUAAUUUAAGAGCAUCUACUUAGGAAAAAACCAAAUAGUCUGCCGCCCUCAUAUCAUAGUGUUUUUUAACAAAAUAUUUUUUUAAAGGGAAAGAAGUGUUUCAGGAAGGAGAAAGCUUGCCAUUAAAGCUUUUGCAGAGGAUUAUGAGUCCAAUUUCAGUUAGUCCCAACACUGUCCUCUUUGGCUCUUUGAAGAUUUGUCCAAUUCCAACCUCUGGUCUCAUAGUGCCAGUGGUUGUAUAGAAAAGAAACUGGUAUUCACCUAGCUUCAAAGAGAUGAGCUAUAUCCCAAGGGUGGACAUGCCAAUGGGUAGGUAGCCAUGGCCAUUUGGCUCUUGAAUCCCAACCCCUAAAUUUCUAUUCAUCAAUGCUCUCACCACAGUUUAUGUCAUGUCAAGGAAUGUAGUGAUUUGUAUUUGAUUUGUAAAGAAUGGCAGGAAAACACAAACAGGAAGAAAGGUGGAAAGUAGGAGUAAACUGGAUGAUCUUAGCUACUCUCAUGUGCCAUCUUUCUUUGUAAUUUGAAAGCACAGAACCUCACAGGAAGGUGCAAAAUUAUGAUAGAAAAAGAGA